AUGGCGCCGCGGGGGCAGCGGUCCUCCGGGCUGCGCGGGCUCCGCCGUCCCCUGCUGCUGCUGCUGCUGCUGCUCGUGCCCCGGCCCGCGGCCAGCCACGGCGGCAAGUACUCGCGGGAGAAGAACGAGCCCCGGCGCGAGCCCGGGGAGGAGUUCCGGAUGGAGAAGAUGAACCAGCUGUGGGAGAAGGCGCGGCGGCUUCAUCUCUCCCCCGUGAAACUGGCCGAGCUCCACGCUGACCUGAAGAUACAAGAGAGAGACGAGCUCACCUGGAAGAAGCUGAAGGCGGAAGGCCUGGACGAGGACGGGGAGAAGGAGGCAAAGCUCAUCCACAACCUCAACGUGAUCUUGGCCAGGUAUGGCCUGGACGGGAGGAAGGACGCCCAGAUGGUACACAGCAACUCGCUCGGCGACGCCGCCCAGGACGACGGGCUGGGGGACCCGCGGCUGGAGAAGCUGUGGCACAAGGCCAAGGCCUCGGGGAAAUUCUCCAGCGAAGAACUGGACAAGCUGUGGCGGGAGUUUCUGCACCACAAGGAGAAGGUCCACGAGUACAACGUGCUGCUGGACUCCGUGAGCAGAACGGAAGAGAGCUACGAGAACGCCAUCAGCCCUUCGGACCUGGGCCACGUGAAGAAGGAGGUGUACAACAAGCACAGCGAGCUGAAGGACAAGCUGCGCAGCAUCAACCAGGGCCUGGACCGCCUCCGCAAGCUCAGCCACCAGGGCUACGGCCCCAGCGCCGCAGAGUUCGAGGAGCCCCGAGUGAUCGACCUGUGGGACCUGGCCCAGUCCGCCAACUUCACUGAGAAGGAGCUGGAGUCGUUCCGGGAGGAGCUCAAGCACUUUGAGGCCAAAAUCGAGAAGCACAACCACUACCAGAAGCAGCUGGAGAUUUCCCACGAGAAACUGAGGCACGUGGAGGGCAUCGGCGACCAGGAGCACAUCAGCCGCAACAAGGAGAAGUACGCGCUGCUGGAGGAGAGGACCAAGGAGCUGGGCUACAAGGUGAAGAAGCAUCUGCAGGACCUGUCCAGCCGGGUCUCCAGGGCACGGCACAACGAGCUCUGAGCACCGGAGCCGCCCCAGCGGGGCUCGUGAGCCCAGCC